GCCCCAGACUCCAGCAGGAAACCGGGGCUCCAGCGAGAGAGGCACGUGGCUCGGGCCUGGCCCCCCGCGCCGCCCCCGGCACCGCCCCUGCACCGCCCCGCGGCCCAGGAUGACCCUGAGGGACAUGCUGCUGCCCGGCGCCCUGCUGGCCCUGUGCUGGGGGCCCCUCCUGGCCAGCGCCCAAGGGCCGACCCCGCUGCAGAGUCUGCGCUGCUACAACGACUACACCAGCCGCAUCCGGUGCCGCUGGGCCGAGUCCUCCGGCGCCCGCCGCCUGCUCGGCCUCACCCUCCUGCGCAGGCUCAACGCGGACCCCCCGCAGCCCGUGUCCUGCAAGUGGAGCGAUGACCUGUCGUGGACGGGGGCCCCGUGCCCGGGCUGUGUGUCCCGGGAGUGUGAGAUCCCGCACACGCUGUUCGUCCUGGCCGACUACGACUACUUCUCCUUCCGGCCCAACCGGCCGCUGGGCGCGAAGCUCGACGUGACCCUGGCCCAGCACGUGCAGCCCCCCACGCCCACGGACCUCCAGGUCAGUGCUGGCCCGGACAGUUUCCUGCUGACCUGGAACGUGACGCAGAGCCCCUGGCUGUCCAGCCUGGAGUUCGAGGUGGCGUACCGACGGCUCCAGGACUCCUGGGAGCCGCCUUCUCCCCAGGACACCUCCACCGUCUAUGCCAGCUCCCCCCGCGUGGUCCUGGCACGCCAGCUCCUGCCCCCUGGCACCUACCUGGCACGGGUGCGAGCCCAGCUGGCCCCCGGCUCGCGGUUCUCCGGACAGCCCAGCGGGUGGAGUGCCGCGGUGCCCUGGGACUCUCCGGCCGGCGACGAGGCGCAGCCCCACAAUCUCCAGUGCCUGUUCGACGGGGCGCACGCGCUGCGCUGCUCCUGGGACGUGCACGCCGAGGUGGCCCGCGCCCUGCCCUUCUCGCUCUUCUACAGACCCGGCCCCGGCGCCGCGGAGGAGGAGUGCGCCCCCGUGUGGCAGGAGCCGCGCGGCAGCGGCUACACCCGGCACCGCUGCGAGAUCCGCGUCCCCGCGCCCGAGCCCCAGAGCCGGUACACGGUGUCCGUGAGGCCCCGCGGCGAGGAGAAGCUCAUCAAGAGCUCCGACAACAUCCAGAUAGCCCGGCCGGCCCUGAGCGUGGCCCGGGCCGGGGACGGCUACGGCCUGAACUGGACGGCGGAGCGGCUGGCGUACGAGCACAUCGGCCUCACCUUCCAGGUCCAGUACAAGACCGAGGAGGCCGCGUGGGAGGACACGGAGGCAGAGUCCCUCCAGAACGCGCGCAGCAUGGCGCUGCCCCCGCUGGCGCCCGGCACCCGCUACCACGCCAGGGUCAGGGUCAAGCCCACCUCCAAUGGCUACAACGGGGUCUGGAGCGAGUGGAGCAAGGAGAGCGUCUGGGACACUGAGUGGGUGCUGCCCACCUGGGGCCUGGUCCUCAUCCUGGUGCUCCUCACCCUGGCCUCGGUGCCCGCCCUGCGCUUCUGCGGCGUCUACGGGUACAGGCUAAACCGGAAGUGGGAGGAGAAGAUCCCGAACCCGGCCAAGAGCCUCCUGUUCCAGAAUGGGGGCGCCGGGCUGCGGCUGCCCGUCAGCCGGCGCCCCCCACACCAGGGCCCAGGGCCCGGCCUCCUCUCCGCGCUGCAGGGGGUGAUUUCCGGAGACUUGGGGCGCAGUGAGGUGUCGCCGCUCACCACCGAGGAACCAGGGGGUGCCCGGGCCGCGCCCGCCGAGCCCGCCCCGUCGCCUGCUUCCCCCGGGACCCCCCAGAGCCCCCGGCCCCCCGGGCUGCACUUCAACGGCCCCUACCUGGGGCUGCCGCACAGCCGCUCGCUGCCCAACCUCGGGGACCUCCUGGCGCCCCCCCAGCCGCGGCCCUCGGGGUCCCUGGACUACCUGUGUGUGCCCCCCGCGGGGCAGGGCCGGUCGGGGCCCCCGCUGGGGCUGGGGGCUUCCCCUGGGGACAGUCGCCCCCCCCGCAGCGGCCGCCAGUGCCGGGGGCCCGGCCCCUGAUUACGUCACCGGCGCGCACCUGACCCUCUGCCCUGCCCCCGGGGUCCCCGCCCCAGACCAGGCCCCCCGCCUCGGUCCCGGCCCGCCUGGGGGGGCCCCCCUGAAGCCCGGGUUCGGGGACU